AUGGCCACAGCAUUGGACACCCGCUGCCCCAUAUGCCUGGACACCUGGGGCAGCCCCGCUUUCACCAUGCCAUGCUACCACCAAUUUUGCUUCCCGUGCAUCCAGCGGUGGGCUGACAGCAAGCCCGAGUGCCCACUCUGCAAGCGGUGGCUGACGUCAAUCGUGCACUCGGUGCAGGCUGAUGACAAGUUUGAGGAGCUGGUCAUCAGCCCGUCGGCAGCAGCAUCCAUCGAUGCCGACAGCCCCCCUGACGCUCAGGCAGCCUGGCCAUGGGCUGCAUGGCUGGCACUCAGCCCUCUGGUGGGCGGCCUCCCCGCGGACACCUGGGGACAACUCUUCCGGGAGCACCCUGCUCUGCUCCAGCCCCUGCUCUCCUGGGUGCGCCAGGAGCUGGGGCGCAUCUUCCAGACACGGCGUUCGCAGGCGCUCAUCUUGGAGAAUGCCAUCAGGGAGACCCUGCGCCUGUUCGGACUGGGGGAAGAGAUGCUGGUCCAGCUGUUGGAGGAAGACCUCGGUGAGAACGCGGCAACAUUUGUGCGUCACCUCCUGGACAUUGCCGUGCAACAGUGCGGCAGGGAGGCCCACCGCCUGCUGGGCCUCAACGUUCCCCCUGCAGCCGAGCAUCGGGAGGCCAGCCCCGUGCCAGAACCCGGCCCAUCUGGCCCUGAAGGAGUGGCUCCUGCAACUGGCCCAGUCCCCUCUCUCCAUCCCGCCAGCUCCGGCAGGGAUGAGGUGACCACAAUGCUGCACCACCAUGGGAAGCCCUGGAGGUCCAUGUGCAAGGGACUCAUCCUGGGGACCCUCCUGACCAGCUUCAUGCUGCUGCUCUACUCCUACGCUGUGCCUCCGCUGCAAGUCAGCAUGACAGAGAUCCCCAUCCCCUACUCCUGCUCCUCCUCCCCGGCCCAAGCCAAGGGGCGGGCGGUGGCCAACGGCACACGCAGCCCUUCGGGAGGAGGCUGCCGGCCCAAGCUGGACAUCAUGUUCAUGAAGACGCACAAGACGGCCAGCAGCACCAUCCUCAACAUCCUCUUCCGCUUCGGAGAGAAGCACCGCCUCAAAUUCGCCUUCCCCAACGGCCGCAACGACUUCUACUACCCCUCCUACUUUGAGCGGAGCCAGGUGCAGCACUACCAGCCAGGCAUGUGCUUCAACAUCAUCUGCAACCACAUGCGCUUCCACUACGAGGAGGUGCGCAAGCUCCUGCCAGCGGACACCACCUUCGUGACGGUGCUACGGGACCCUGCCUACCUCUUCGAGUCCUCUUUCCACUACUUCGGGCGCGUCAUCCCCCUCACCUGGAAGCUGCCGGGGGAGGACAAGCUGGCUGAGUUCCUGCGGGACCCCUGGCAUUACUACGACCCAAACGGGUUCAACGCGCACUACCUCCAAAACCUCCUCUUCUUUGACUUGGGCUAUGACAACAACAUGAACGCCGACAGCCCUCUGGUGGAGCAGCACAUCCAGGAGAUAGAUCAGCGCUUCCACCUGGUCAUGCUGCUGGAGUAUUUUGAUGAGUCCCUGGUGCUGCUGAAGGACCUGCUGUGCUGGCAGCUAGAGGACAUCCUCUACUUCAAGCUCAAUGCUCGCAAGGGCUCCACCAUCUCCCGGCUGACACCUGAGCUCUACGAGAAGGCGACUUCUUGGAACCUCAUUGACGCCAAACUCUACCGUUAUUUUAAUGCCACCUUCUGGCGGAAGGUGGAGGCCUACGGGAGGGAGCGGAUGGCCAAGGAUGUGGCCGAGCUGCAGCAGGAGAAUGAGAAGAUGAAGAGCAUCUGUAUCGAUGGGGGGCACGCUGUGGAUGCCAGCGCCAUCCAAGAGUCCUCCAUGCAGCCGUGGCAGCCGCUUGGGGAGAAGUCCAUCCUGGGCUACAACUUGAAGAAGAAGAUCAACAAGAAGCACCAGAAGCUGUGCCGCAAGAUGCUGACGCCCGAGAUCCAGUACCUGACGGACCUCGGGGUCAACCUGUGGAUCACCAAGCUGUGGAGCUGGGUGCGGGACUUCCUCAAGUGGUAG